UGCAGGCCGAAGGCUGCCAGGAGCAAGUUGACGCCCACGCUGCUGAAGCCGUACCUCUUGAGGAAGGUCAUGAGGAACCCGAAGCCGAUGAAGAUCAUGACGUGCACAUCCUGAAACACUGCACGCAUACAGAAGACAAGCGCGUACACCUUCCUGAAGUUCAUCAUGAUGUGGACGCUGGUGCUGCUGGCAGAUUUCGUCCUUGAGUUCCGGCUGGAGUACCUGUGGCCGUGCUGGCUCUUCUUCGGGAGCGUCUACACCACUUUCCACUACCACGGGCUGGUGAUUUGUGUUGUUUUCGUGUGCGCCGCCUUCACUCUGGACAUCUUCUGCUUAAUAUUUGUCCCUUUGCACUGGCUGUUCUUCGUGGCGAGCACAUAUGUGUUGUUCAACUACAUCUGGCACACAGAGAAGGGAAUCUGCAUAUCCACGGUGUUCCUGUGGAUCCUCCUCGUGUACACGGAGGCUUCGCUCAGACUAAAGGAACUGAAAACCUCUCACGCGAACCUUUCCCACCUUUUUGCUGCACACUGCAUUGGAUAUCCUGUCGUGUAUCUGGGCUUUGACGCCACCUGCUAUUUCACCAACAUCUUUAAGCUGCGCAUACAGAAAGCCGUGCAGAGCGAGAACGACUUCCACAUGCACCUCCUGCAGCACUCGCUGCCUCCAGGCCUGCAGGUUUACCCCAAGACCAGCACAGACGGCAGCAGCAACUCAAAGUGGAGGGUGAAGCCUGACUCCAGCCAGUACCAGUGUCAGAACGGCGCCGUGGUGACCCAGGAUGACGCGCACACGCUGGACUGCCUCCAGAUCCGCAGCGAGGAGCGCGCAGCGGAGAAGGGAGCGCAGGAGGCGAAGCCGGAAUCGCACCGCCGCCCGUGUGCUCCCAAACACGCUGCCGGCGAGGCCAGAGACCCCCCCCACAGCGCGGCGGCAGCACCGGAGGCCUGCUCGGCUCCAGAUAAUCUACCUCAGGAGGAGCCGGGGAGCAGGGCUCCUCGCCCGGCGAAGAGCGCCUCGCCCAAAGCACGCAGGAGCAGCACCAACACCAACACCUCCUCACCGCCGGUGGGUCGGAAUGAGAGGAAACAGAGGUCCGGCUCCAAAACGGUCAGUCCCAGCCGGGACGGGCCGGACAGAGGCGCCGCGGCGCCGCAGGGCCACCACGCUGAGCAGAUGAGCAGGCUGGAGCUGGAGCUGAGGAGGCUGAGGGCGGAGCUGCAGGCGAGCAGGCAGAGCGAGCAGGAGCUGCGCAGCCACGUCUGCAACCUGACCAACAGCGAGAGGAGCCUGAGGCCCGAGGUGUCCCUGCUCCGGCAGUCCAACAUGCUGCUCCAGAGCAAGAUCCUGUGUCUGACUAAAACCAAGCAGCGGGACAAGCAGGCCAGCGCCGUGCUGGAGAAGAAGGCUCGGGCCGAGGCCGACGCCCGUCUCGCCGCCGAGAAGCAGUUGGCCGAACUCCACGCGCAGAAGCUGGAGGAGGCUGCCAGCGCGGCGCGGAGCCUGAGCAAGAGGCAGGAACACUCUGAAACCCAAAUGUUAAGGAAAAGGGUUAAAGAUCUAGAGACAGAGUACAAACAACUGCAGCUGGAGUGUCAAGUCAAAGAGUGUCGUGUGAUAGACCUAGAGAGUGAUGUUGAGGCUUUGGCCAAGUACCGCUGCGUGGAGAAGGAGACGGACAUGCUGCUGUCCACCCUGUCCGCCAUGCAGGAGAACGCUCAGCAUCUGGAGUACAACCUGAGCGCCGAGACCCGCAUCAAGCUCGACCUGUUCUCCGCUCUGGGAGACGCCCGCCGGCAGCUGGAAAUCGCUCAAGAUAAGCUGAUGAAGCAGGAGCGCGAGAUAAGGGAGAUGAAGCAGAAGAUCGCCGAGGUGAUGGCCGUCAGCCCCGGCGUGUCCUACGUGGCCCCGCGGCCCCCGAUGCCGCAGUAUCUCACCAAGCUGCUCAACUCGGAGCGCUACGUGCUGAAUCCACGAGCGCUCAUGUACCAGUGUCUGAAGAAAUGAGGGACGCCGGCGCCUCCAUCAGACGCUCACGCCGCUCCACGCCGGAGUGCAGUGGGUUCUAUCGCCAUGAAGUCAUCCACUUCCAACCGCGAGCGAGAGCCGAACAAGCCUCCGCAGGUCAAAUGCCUUUCGCUGCAUGGUGCUAACUUGACAGACUUCAUAUCCUCCGCAACAGGCGUUGACGAGUCUCUCCCCAGAAUAACCAGCUGCUGUGAGAAGUUCCAUUUAUUUAUUUUUUAAACUCACACAGGAGCCGCCAGCGAGAGACAAACACAAAUCCACGGGUCAUUCACACAAUAACAUGACGUGUUGUGAUCACAGAUGAUGUCAGAUCAGCAAAUUAUUUUAGUUAUUGUUGUAGAAUAAUGUUAAUCUGCCACAAAGUUCAGUUUUAGAGCUGAUUAGGAAAAGCACAGGAGUCAUAUCUUUCAUGUAAGAACUAAUAUCUCUAAUAGCGUCUUAUCACAGUUCUCUGAGGACAUCACCAUAAAUCAAAUAUGCAACAGAUGUUCUUGUGUGUUCCUGUAAAUAGUGGCUCGUUAUUCGCCAGCAGACUUUUGUAAUCGGACCCUCUGAACCUGGACCGUACCUGACGGGAGUUAGCUAAUGUGAUGCUGUCGGUUGAGGGGGGGCACCUCCAGCUUUGUUUCCACUGACGGCAGCUGAGAGAAAAGGCGCGAGAAGGUGAACUGACUUGAAAAAGGGAGAUUGGCUUGUGAAUUUAAUUACUGUGCCUAUAUACAAUGCUUUCAGAUGGGAAGUAGGACAGAGUAAAUGUUCAAGAGUAAUGUGUUUGAAGUGCUAUGUACUGUUCAGUAGGGUUUCUAUAUGUUUUCUACUCACUGUACAGAAUUGAAAAUAUGAAACACUCAUGAACUGGAUGUCACCAUUUUUGGUAGCUUUUAUUUAAAAUGUGUUUCUAGGGUGUUUUAUAUAAAAACAUUUUUUUAGUCUUGCUGUACUUUUUAUUAUUCUGCUGUAAUUUUGUACGGCAACGUGUUUGUCAGCAUGAGGUGUGUUUUAUUCUGCUGUUAUAUGAGCACACAUUGUGACUUUCAGUAUGUACAUGAAUAUAUUUGUACAAGGGCUACAGUUUCUAAAGGUUUUGAACAAAUAAUUGUUAAUUCAAAUGGUGAUGGUCUAAGAAGAGAUCACACUCCUGAUACACCAGAAUGGCAUUUUUGUAAAAAUAAUAUAAAAAAUUCAAUUUUGUCCCA